UGAUGCCAAUUCUUCACUUCAGCUAACUAGAUCUAUGUCUUAUAAAAGUACAAUUUCUGAGACAGUCUCUAUAAUCUGCUUCUCUUGCGGUGAAAGCUAAUUAUGAAGUUGCUUAGUAUCUUCUUUCUCUGUUUGGCUUUAUUCUGUGCUGUUCAGGCCCAAACUCGUGGAACAAUUCGCCUUGUUAGAAAUGGAGGCUUCUCGUCAUCUUAUACAUCUGGAAUAGUUCAGAUCUAUUAUUUUACCAGUACCUCCAGUAUACUCAGAUGGGGAAAUAUUUGUUAUGAUAGUUCAUUUGGUUAUUCAGGAGCUAGUAUAAUUUGUCAUCAGUUAGGGUAUACUGGAAUAUCAACCUUUGGUAAAGGUGGAGAAAGGUUUGGAUAUGAUGGAACUGCUACAAUUCUUAACAGAGUGAAUUGUGCUAGUACUAGCUAUUUGACACUUGAGCAAUGCAGCUUUUCAACAUCCAUCUCAAGUACCUGCACCAGUGACACUGAAGAUGUAUAUGUAUCAUGCAUUACAACAAGAAUCUGGAGCAGUCCUUAUUCUGGGCAGAUUCGUUUGCGAGGAGGUAUUUAUUCAAGUUAUGGUAGACUGGAAGUAUAUUGUAAUGGACAGUGGGGUACAGUAUGUAACAAUACUUUUGAUGCAACUGAUGCUAGAGCUACCUGCCAUCAAUUAGGAUAUAGCAAUUACAAUACAUAUAAAACUCUUGCUGGGUCUAGCUCUCAACCUAUUUGGCUGGACAGGGUUUCUUGCAGCAGUUCAUCUAAUUGUCUUUCUUCUUGUGAAUCUUGUCCUUCUUCACAAUAUCACAACUGCUCACACAGUCAAGAUGUGGCUUUGGGAUGUGAAUUUAAUUCUUCUUAUUCUUCAUCCACUAAUACUUUAAGAACCUGUAAUAAUGAUCCACCAACGUCAAGACCAACUAGACCUAGUUCUGGUGGUAGCAAUAAAACUGGUGUUACUGUUGGAAGUGUUUUCUCAGCACUUUUUUUUAUUUUUGGUGUCAUAUUUUUAUUUUGCCUCAUAUACUGCUGCAAAACUGAUGACUGCUGCUAAUGACAGAACUAAUUCUAUAAUAAUAAAAUUGAAUUUUUUUAGAUCUAGACUAGCUAGUGUCAUUAUGAUAAAUUGUUUUGUAAUCAUUGAUAAUUGUGCAUGGUUGUUUCUAGUGAUG